CUACACCACCACACGCACCAAGAUGACACAUGGACCAUCGGUGUUGCUACUGUCACUCCUGGCAUUGACGGGCGCUACACAAAUAGCGAUCAUCAAUCACCACGACGACCUACCUGUGCCUGUAUCACCCUUUGAACAACAUAUACCAUUGGAUGGCGGAUCAGACCGCCCACCGCCCCCGCGUGUCCCCAUUACCAGCACCGUGUUUGUCGGCCUGUCGUCAUUUCGCGACGGCUCUCGUUGUGGGUACACAAUCUUUACGGGACUUCAGCGCGCAACGUACCCAUCGCGCGUUCAUUUUGGUGUGGUGGAUCAGCUGGAUGACGGCGACGAGAGUUGUUUGGAUGCAUAUUGCAAGCUAGCACGGGACGCGUGGCCUGACCACCGCGACUGCCGGUACAAGAAGCAGAUUACAGUGGACACACGACAAGCUAGCACAUCGCGCGGUCCUAGUGUCGCCAGGCACUACCAACAAGCGUUGGUGGGGGAUCAAGAUUUUUGCCUUCAGUUAGACGCCCACAGCAUCUUCACACGAGACUGGGACUCGCGGCUCGUGCAAGAGUGGGGCCGCGCCAACAACGAAAUGGCUGUCUUGACCACGUACCUUCACGCGUACAGCCCAUCAUAUGUCGACGAAAUGGGGACGAAUGUUGACCACCACCCCGGGCAGUAUCCGCACCUGUGCACGACCGUUCGUGGCGGCAACAAGUGCGUCCGCAACGAAGGCGCCAGCAUGCUUUUGGGAGCUGAGCAGCCCCAGCUCUCGGCGCUGUGGGGGGCUGGCUUAAGCUUUAGCAAGUGCCAUGCCGAAACUCGAGUGCGUAUUGACCCGCAUACGCUGUGGAUGUUUGAUGGCGAAGAAUUUCUCCGCGCGUCGCAUCUAUGGACGUACGGCUAUGACAUGUAUAGCCCAAGUAUUUCUGUGAUUUACCACAACUACUCGUCCGUGCCAGAGAGGUUUAACGAAAUCCCAGUCAACUUUGUCAUUCGAGCCCACGAAACAAUGCUUGGUGUGAAUCGAUACAGACACACCGUGGGGCUGUCCGUGUUUGGGCCCGUGGACGAGGAGGACUUGAACUUGUACCAGUAUGGUCCAGUAAGGUCGUUUCAACAAUACCUUGCGUUUGCCGGUAUCGACUUAUCGACCGACACACCAGAUCGAGGGUCGUGUAAGCAACUCCGCUGGCAGCCUUAUCUAGACGCUACUUUGAUUGAGGAGCUCUUGCCUGGGUGGACCAUGCGACAGGGCCCUAUGCCAUCAACCAGCAACGAGGCAGCAUUAGACAGCGCAGCUGGGAAUAGCGCUCUUCACUUCAACGACGACGAUGCAUCCCCAAAUGGGAAUGGUCUUUUACUGCCUGAUGAUGUUAUGGCAGUUGGCGUCCGACAAGGCAAAGUACUCAGCGGGUCGCUGCUACGUGUCCAGCAUUCAAACACCAAAGGCGGCGUGCCUUAUCAAGUGCAUGUGAUGAUUGCCAUGGCGGCCAUUCUGGUGGGGCUCGCCGCGUUCGUCGUCAAGGUCAACCGUCGAGCCAUGCGGCGCCAGCUCAAAAAGUUUGUGCUCAAGUAAUACUCAUGUCAAUGUUUACAUGUUGUUGGGUAGUACAAUUUAAUAUUAGUAAUGUAGUACGUGAAAAGUUGUCGUCGGAA